UACAGCCAAGUCAGUCGAGUCGAGAGGACACGGGCGGCGCGAGCGCGCGUGUCGAGUCAAACAUAGAUGAUAACGGGUUUACCAUCGAUAAGAUAGUGUUUGUGGAUAUACUGUGCGAAAUUAGUGCAAGAUGUUGCGUGUUCUCCUAAUAGCGGUUGCGGUCGCUACAGCCCUUGCUGCGGACCUUCCGCCCAGCUGUGACAGCAAAGUGUACUGCCACAGCGACCUCCUCCACCAUGUGAUGAUGAAGCGCGUCUAUGAAGACUCCAAGACUUUCGUCGACCUCCCGAUGAAACAUGAUCCCGACACCGUCCUCGCAGCAUUCGACAAGCUUUUAAACGAAACAAACGACCCCUCCAGGGAACAGCUUAAAGCGUUCGUUGAUGAACACUUCAAUAGCGAAGGUGAACUCGAGGAGUGGUCUCCCCCGGAUUAUUCCAAGAAUCCCGCUUUCCUCACUAGAAUCCGCGACGAAAAACUCAAGACGUUUGCCAAAAAUAUCAACGAUGUCUGGCCGACUCUGGGUAGAAAAGUAAAGCCCGUGGUAUUUGAGAAACCAGACCACCACAGUCUCAUUCCGAUUUCGCACGGAUUUAUCAUACCUGGGGGGAGAUUCAAGGAGAUUUACUACUGGGACACAUAUUGGAUCAUUGAAGGUCUCCUCAUUUGUGGAAUGCGGGAUACUGCUCGGGGAAUGAUCGAGAAUCUUAUUGAGCUGUUGUUGAAGUUGGGUCACAUUCCGAACGGAAGCCGAGUAUACUACAAUGAGCGCAGUCAGCCACCUCUUCUCACAGCCAUGGUCUCUCUAUACUAUAGAGAAACGAAAGACAUAAAAUUCUUAAUGAACAAUAUUGGAUAUCUGGAGAAAGAAUUGGAAUAUUGGAGGCAGACGCAAUUCGUGACAUUUCAGAAGAACGGUCGGUCUCACACUUUGCUUAGGUAUUUUGCCCCGAGUGAAGGCCCUCGGCCAGAAUCCUACUACGAAGAUUAUGAGGCUGCCCAUAACUUAACUAGUGAUCCGGCCCGCCAGCAAGAAUUUUACACCGACAUCAAGAGCGCUGCCGAAAGCGGGUGGGACUUCUCUUCCCGUUGGUUUAUCGACGACAAAGGGGAUAAUACGGGGCGCCUCCAAAACAUCCACACGAGAGACAUUAUCCCAGUGGACUUGAACUCUAUAUAUGCCAAUGCUCUUCAGAAUGUAGCGACUUUCCAAUUGUAUCUAGGAAACCUUGUCAAGGCCGCUGAAUAUGCUUACCGCGCCAGGCAAUUAAGAAAUUCAAUCGAGCAAACUUUAUGGGACGAGCAAGAUGGUAUCUGGUACGACUACGAUAUACUUGACAAUAAGUUUAGAAAGUACUUCUAUCCUAGUAACCUGUCUCCGCUCUGGAUGGGAGCUGUCGAGAAAAGCCGAGUUAGGCAGAAAUCGGCCCGUGUUUUAAAGUAUCUGAAGUUGUCUCAUGGACUGGACUUCCCCGGAGGUAUUCCCUCUUCGUUGAUCCAAAGUGGCCAACAGUGGGACUUCCCCAACGCGUGGCCGCCUCUAGUCAGUAUCGUCGUUAACGCACUUGAGGCCUCCGGAAAUCAGCAAUCGAGGAGAACGGCCUUCCAAGUAGCUCAGACCUGGGUGCGCGCGUGUUUGCAGGGAUUCAAUGAAAAUAAGCAGAUGUUUGAGAAAUAUGACGCGGAAAAUCCAGGGAAAUUUGGGGGAGGCGGCGAGUAUAAAGUGCAGGAAGGAUUCGGAUGGUCCAACGGCGUUGUGCUAGAAUUCUUGAACAAAUAUGGCAGCAUUUUAACCGCUGACGAUUCCGCUUUCUUGGGUCUGGACCCUGCUGACGAUCGUUUCUCGGAGAUUGCCAGCGACAUAAAAAUGCUUACACUACGACUGCCGCUUUACCCAGUACUGGGUUUGCUCAACGCCUACACGCAGGCGUUCGUCCCUUCCUGCAACUCUUCCAUCUACUGCACCGGCGAAAUGCUACACCGCAUCCAGCUCGCGAGGAUUUUCCCAGACUCAAAAACUUUCGUUGACAUGAAGCUAUUGUUUUCUACGAACGAUACGUUAGCAGAUUUUGCUCAGCUGAUGCAUGACACACAUCGGAAUCCUUCGCGUGAACAGCUUACCAAGUUCGUCGGAAAGCAUUUCGAGCCAGGAAACGAACUGGAAAAUUGGAUGCCUCCUGACUUCAACCCAUCGCCGCCAAUAUUAGAUAGAAUAAUAGAUCCGAAACUUAAAGUGUUUGCUAAAAAUGUGAUUGCCAUUUGGGCAACAUUGGGACGGAAAGUAAAACCUGUUGUUCAACAGCAUCCUGACCGGUACAGCUUAAUCUCAGUUCCUAAUGGAUUCAUCGCACCUGGAGGCCGUUUUAAGGAGUUAUACUACUGGGACUCUUACUGGAUCGUACGUGGACUUCUACUCAGUGAUAUGGCAGAAACUGCCAGAGAUAUGGUAGAAAAUCUUCUGUAUUUAGUUGACAAGUUUGGGUACAUUCCAAACGGCAGUCGCAUCUAUUACUUAGGUAGAAGCCAACCACCUCUUCUUACGGCUAUGGUUGCAGAUUACUAUGCUGUUUCGGAAGAUAUCGCGUGGUUAAAGCGCCACAUCUCUACUGUUGAAAAUGAAUUACAAUACUGGUUGAAUACAAAGAAAGUGACAGUGGAAAUAAACGGGAACCAAUAUGUGCUCCUUCGGUACUAUUCUGAUGAAGAUGCCAAGGGACCGCGACCAGAGUCAUAUUACGAAGACUAUACUACUUCCCAGUUUUUACACUCAGAGGAUUUACGCCAGGAAUUUUAUAAAGAGAUGAGGAGCGCUGCUGAAAGUGGAUGGGAUUUUUCUACUCGCUGGUUUGUGACUGCGAGCUCAGAUCCUGUCGGAAACCGGACUGAUGUUCACGCCUCGCGCAUUCUUCCGGUCGACCUAAACUCUAUAUUUGCUGGGGCUCUCCAACUCGCUGGUGACUUGAGAGUCCUGCUCAACGACCGCCGUGAGGCGCAAAAGUGGUACAGCCUCGCGAAAUACUGGAGAAGGUCGAUUGAGAAUGUACUCUGGGAUACUUCCGACGGGACAUGGUACGACUACGAUUCUAUGGCAAGAGCAAGAAGAAAGCAUUUUUAUCCGAGCUGUGCUACGCCUUUGUGGGCGGGAGCGGUGGAGGAAGAAGAUGCCCCAAAAUACGCUGCGCGUUUAGUAAGGUAUUUGCAUUCAUCCGGAGGACUCGAUUUUCCUGGAGGAAUACCAUCGUCUCUUCUCCAUUCUGGCGAGCAGUGGGACUAUCCAAACGCAUGGGCUCCAAUGCAAAGCAUACUCAUAGGAGGGCUUGAGAAAAGCGGUCACGAUGAAGCUCGAAAGUUAGCGAAAGAACAAGCUAAGCUUUGGAUCCGCUCUAACUACUUAGGGUACAACAGGUACACCAAGAUGUUUGAGAAAUAUAGUGCGGUCCAGCCGGGGUACCCAGGGGAUGGUGGGGAAUAUGGGGUGCAAGAUGGUUUUGGGUGGACGAAUGGGGUAAUAUUAGAAUUAUUAGCAAAUUACAGAGACGAGUUGCUUGAUGAAAGUGCGGGAACGUCACUGCCGUACGUGCGGCAAGUGUAAAUUGGACUUUAUGAUAAUUUUAU